AACUGUAAGAGAUCAUCCCCAGAGUCAGCUGCUUAAGCAGAAGGAGAAAGUAGGAAUGAGAAGAGACCACUUGACAUGGAGGGAUCCCAGGUCUAACAUGAAAGAAAAACCUCCAAAAUUACCAAAACCUUCUCAGCUUUUCCUACUCUGUUAAGCACAUACCGGUACAUCAGCAGUGGAAAGGUGUGUUCUUUGGGUUGAUACAAACAUUGGACAUGGAGGCUUUCCAGGUGCUGUUUGUGCUCCUCCUGACUGCGGCUGCUGCUGAUGGCCAGUCUCUCCACUUUGGCAGGUGCCCCAAUCCUCCUGUUCAAAAGGACUUCAACGUUGCAAAGUAUAUGGGAACCUGGUAUGAAAUAGAGAAGCUCCCCGCUCUGUUUGAAAGAGGAAAAUGUAACCAAGCCUCUUACAGCCUGCUCAGCGAUGGGACCGUCAGAGUUCACAAUGCAGAGCUGCUGUCUAACGGGAAGAUAAAUUCAAUUGAAGGUGUUGCCAAAGUUAAAAACUCAACCCAACCUGCUAUUCUGGAUGUGAGCUUCUUUAAAGGAGUUCCAGAUAGUCCCUACUGGGUGCUCUCCACUGACUACCAGUCUUACUCUCUGGUGUACUCCUGUGCUGAUUACUAUGGCACAUUCCACAUUGACUUUGCAUGGAUCCUGGCUCGCACUCGGUUGUUGAAUAAGGAAGUCUUAAGCCAGUUACAUGAUGAGCUGGUGUCUGCUGGUGUAAGCAUAAACCACCUUGCAGUCAGUGAUCAGACUGGAUGUGAGCGGGCAAAAGCCAAGAUAAAUGAAAGACCCAUCAUUGGAAUACUGGCCCAAGAGAACCGUACCCCAGCUCCAUAUUCUACAGCUUACAUCGCUGCCUCCUAUGUAAAGUUCCUGGAGUCGGCAGGAGCAAGGGUUGUGCCUAUUAUGGUGAACCAGACAGCAGAGCAGUAUGCAAGACUGUUCAACUCAAUUAAUGGGGUCCUUUUCCCGGGUGGAUCUGCGAGCAUUACCUCAUCUGGUUAUCAAAGAUCUGCAAAAAUCUUUUAUGAACUUGCUAUUGAGGCAAACAAGAGAGGCGAUUACUUUCCAGUGUGGGGAACCUGUCUUGGAUAUGAGCAGCUGACCGUUUUGACGAGUGGAGAUAAAUUACUGUCACGUACCAAUACAAGUGGUGUGCCAUUACCCAUGCACUUUACUAAAGAAGCAAAGCAGAGCAGGAUGUUUAAAAGCUUUCCGGCUGAACUCAUGGAAGAUCUGGCAUCCGAACCACUGACAGAACACUCUCACAAAUGGAGUGUGUCAGUGUUGACUCAUAACACAAAUAACGACCUGAAAAACUUUUACAAAGUUCUCUCUACAAAUACGGAUGGAGAAAUAGAGUUUGUGUCAACGGUGGAAGCGUACGAUUACCCGAUUUAUGGGACACAGUGGCAUCCAGAGAAAAAUGCAUUUGAAUGGAGGAGGCCUUAUAUUCCCCAUUCCCCAUCAGCAGUGAAGACCACAUUCUACAUGGCUCAAUUCUUUGUCAAUGAGGCAAGAAAGAACUUUCACAGAUUUGAAUCCGAGGAGGAAGAGAGGAGUGCGCUGAUAUAUAACUACAAUCCUGUUCGCGCUGUGCCCAACAGCGUCUUUGAGCAGAAAUACAUGUUCUGAUGUUUGUCUGCGUGAUGCGUUUCCUUUGUGUCAUGUGUGCGGACUCUUUAAAUUGAUUGAUUUAGCAUGUGCUGGUUAUUCCAUUCAAUUGAGUGUGCUUAAAAUAUUUUCAUUUGAAAUAUAUCAGUAGAAAAUGUCACAAAAAAGUACAGUUUGUCAUUAAAAGUCUGACAAAUUAAGAAUGUGUUAAAAUAAUUGUGUUAAUAAUUAUAGUAUGUGUAAAGAAAAUCAUAAAAAUAAGUCAUGACAUUUUAUGUUGAAAAUAUUAACUUGAAAAACUAUAUUCUUAGUGAAAAAUACAAUAAAAAGUCAUAUAUAAUAAGUAAACAAACAUAUCAAAGUCAUAUUUUGAACAAUGUUGUGUAUAACUAAAAAUAUAUUGAAAAGUCUUCAUAGUAAGUAUGUGGAAAAAAUCGCUGCAGUGACAUGAAAAUGAAAUAUGAUGAAAUAUGAUAAAAGUCAUGGUAAUGAAUAAAACUCUGUACGGUAUGUUAAGAAAUAUAUAGUUUAGUCAUAGUAUUUGUCAUAGUUCAGU